GUGCCGGCCACCAUGGGGAGGGGAGUACUUAUACUUGCUCUCGCCUUCAUUGGCUCAAGCUCUGCCUUUGAUCCCCUGCGACAAGGAAGCUGCCCAUCAGGAUUCCUAGCCUUUACUGGUAACAAAUGUCUGCAUGUGUCUACCGACUACUACGACUCCCAAGGCCAGUUCCAGGCAGUGACCUGGGGAGGAGCGAGAGACAAGUGCACGACCAUGAGUGACCACACCUGGACCACUGACUUGGUCUACUCCCUUAAUGAGGACAUCAUGUACCAGUUCAACGACUACGUCGCUAACAACCUAACAGGCAUGAAAUACUACAUCUUCUGGGUGGGAGCCAACAGGAUCAGCGCCGUCUCUCACUGGGAGUGGACUGAUGGCCAGCUGGUCGACUCCAUGUCCUACGUCUGGUAUAUGUACCACCCACUCUCCACCUCAACUAACACCAAGGGAGUGCUUGUUCCAGCCGACAAACACCGUUUCUAUAUGGUCGACAUGCCCGACACUUCCUCUGCCCCAUCGUUCAUCUGUGAGGCGGCCCCUAGGUGUAACAGAACACAGCCGCCACCGCUGAACAUUUAGGUAUGUCAAGCACCUCUUCCACAUGAUCGACUGCAAGACCUUCCCCAAGACCCAUCCCUCCACGGGUGACGCUGCUCUUGAACGUAACAGAACACAGCUCUCACCACUGAAUGUUCAGGCUAUGUCAAGACAGUAAUCAUUGAACUAUAUUAGCAUUUCAGUCCUAUUUCUAUUAAGUUUAAAAUGAAUAUGGUGUUAGCUUAAUUAUUAACUCACAAAAAAUAAUAGAGCUAUGACUAUUGUAUCCUGCCAAAGAAAAGGCUCGGCCAACAAUUCAAGUAAUCCAAGAUAGCUUUACCAUGAUUGUAAUGAUCAAACAGUACAUGUGAUUGUUGCCUGCUAACUGCUGUAGUAAAUGUGUGACAUGUAUCCAGCAGCAGGUCUAACACGGUGUGUGUGUGACAUGUAUCCAGCAGCAGGUCUAACACGGUGUGUGUGUGACAUGUAUCCAGCAGCAGGUCUAACACGGUGUGUG